AUGGAAAUCCCACCGACCCACUUCCCAGCUUCCAGGGCGGCUUCAGUGGCGGAGAACUGCAUCAAUUACCAGCAAGGGACUCCCCACAAGGUAUUUCUGGUACAGACAGUCAAACAAGCCAGCAUGGAGGACAUUCCGGGCAGAGGACAUAAGUAUCGUCUUAAAUUUUCUAUAGAAGAAAUUAUCCAAAAACAAGUUACAGUGAACUGCACGGCUGAAGUACUCUACCCUCCAGUGGGACAAGAUACUGCACCAGAAGUCAGCUUCACGUUUGAGGGAGAAAUUGGGAAGAACCCAGAUAAAGAAGAUACUACAUUUUAUCAAAGACUCAAAUCCAUGAAGGAACCUCUAGAAGCACAAAAUAUUCCAGACAGUUUUGGAAAUAUAGCUCCAGAAAUGAAGCCAAUUCGACAUUUAGCCUGGGUUGCCUGUGGUUAUAUAAUGUGGCAGAAUUCUACUGAAAAUACAUGGUAUAAGAUGGCAAAAAUUCAAACUGUCAAGCAAGUGCAAAGAAAUGAUGACUUUAUUGAAUUAGACUACACCGUUCUACUUCAUGACAUUGCAUCUCAGGAGAUUAUUCCUUGGCAAAUGCAAGUUCUCUGGCAUCCACAAUAUGGUACUAAAGUAAAACAGAAUAGCCGACUGCCAAAGAAAGCAUGCUUGGAAUAA